AUGUCGACGGCGAUGGCAGUGGGUGUCGAGGAAAGCGUGAAAGCCGAGCGUUUGUGCCGUAUUCAAGUGCUGCGAGACCGCCGGGCAGAGAUUGGUAGCAGGCUGCUGGCACUGCGGCUUCUCGACGAAGAUGUGGCGAAAACGACGGAUGCCGCGCAUCAGGAAUCAUUUGUGAUGGCGGAGGUGAAGAGGUUGCAGGUGAAAGCGGAAGCUUUGUCGGCGGAUGUCGCGAGAUUGGAAUCACUCAUCUGCAACACUAGCAUGUGUUCGCUGCGCGCAGCAGUGGCGGAACGAGAUGUGAUGGCGCGAGGACUGCUGUUGGAGAUGGCCCGGUGUGAGGCUCUCGUGGAGUCAGUCAAGUGCUGGUCCAAACUAGAGUCUGGAAUUGAAGAGCGCAGCAGUGAGACGAGCUCGAUUCGAUCCCGAUUGCGACGUCUGUUGCCAGAGUCGGGAGUGGAGUUGGAUAGACGAUUCCGCCGUUGUACGCACAACGGUGAAGCAGGAGCAGCGGGAGGAGGAGGAAGUUGA